CAUAGUCAUAUUUAACCCUGACAUUGGCAGAGUCGUCGUGGAAAUCGAUGGAGCCAUUAUAAAGGAACUGGAUUGGAUUAAUAGCAUAAUAGCAAAACGUAUAGAACGUGAGAGAGACUAAUGGCUCUAUUUGCCUUCAGGAAUCGGUUAUUAUCGUCAGUCGUACACUUGAGUAGAAAGAAUGUGGAUAAAAUUUGUGAACGUCAUUUGACAUCAAAACAGCUCGUGUAUUCCGAAUUUGGAGACCCUGCCAAAGUGUUAAAAUGUCAGGAGGUUACGAUAGAGAACCUUAAGUGCCAGGAUGUCCUGGUCAGGAUGCUGGCAGCACCAAUUAAUCCGGCUGAUAUAAACACGAUUCAAGGUACAAGAAAAUAUCCAGUUAAAAUUACUCUUCCCAGCAUACCGGGAAACGAAGGUGUCGGAAUAGUAGAAGAUGUUGGACAUGAAGUUGAAAACAUACGUCCAGGAGAUAAAAUAAUAUUCACGAAAUCAGCUCUAGGUACUUGGAGGAAUAUUGCCACUUUUAAUGCGAAUUAUGUAAGGGUGAUACCAGAUUGUAUAGGUGUCGCCGAAGCUGCUAUGCUUACUGUCAACCCAUGCACCGCUUACAGAAUGUUAAAAGAUUUUGUAUCAGUCAAGGAAUGCAAACAAGUUGUAAUUCAGAAUGGUGGUAACAGUGCAGUCGGACAGAAUGUCAUACAAUUCUGUAAAGAAUGGCACGUGCCAAACAUUAGCAUAGUGAGAGCCAGACCAAAUAUUAAUGAGCUGAAAAAGGAUUUACAAAGUUUAGGGGCUACAUAUGUUUUCACCGAAGAAGAAAUACCCAAAACGACCAUUUUUAAGGAAAAACAAAUUGAAAAGCCUGUUUUAGCACUAAACUGUGUAGGAGGAAAACAGUUAUUCGGUAUAAUCAAGCAUUUACAACACUCAGGGAAGAUGGUCACCUACGGUGGCAUGUCGAAGAAACCCGUUAUCAGUCCAACAUCUGCGUUUAUUUUCAAAAAUAUUUCCUUCCAUGGUUUUUGGAUGACUCGUUGGAAUAUGCGUGCGGAUGCCAGGCAAAGAGAUCUAAUGCUAGAUGAUAUUACAAAUAUGAUCCUUGAAAAGAAACUAAAGCCACCAGUACACAAAAUGGUAAAAUUUGAUAAUUUUAAAGAGGCUUUAAAUAAUACCCUUACUUCAAAAGGUUUUACUGGUUGUAAAUACGUUUUAGAUUUUUGUUGAAUUGUUUAAGCUUAUUUGUGUAUUUUGAUUAUAAUUAU